UCUUAAAUUAUGUCGAUAGAAUAUAUAUUCUAUUUACAAUAAAAUAAAUAAACGUAAACUGUUUUUGUUAACUAGUGGAUAUGUGGCUGGUGGAAUCCACGGUCGGGGACACGUCAAAUGCAUACAGCACAGAGUCUGAGGUUCACGAGAUGUCAGCGAAGUAGACAAGGCAGUCUUGACAGCGUGUUCGUAACUUUUUAGUUAAGUUCACAAGAGUUUGCCUUUUAGAUCUACUUUUAAAAAGUCAAAUGUUCCCGCAGAAGAAGGUGCACCAUUUUAAUCCGCUGCAAAAUGCGGGGAUUUUUUCUCAGUUUUUUAUGUGCUGGCUCAGCCCAUUGCUGCACCUUGGCCACAAACGAAGACUGGAGGAAAGCGACUUGUACAACAUUCUUCCCCAACAUGAAUCCGAGCUACUGGGACAAAACCUGCAAAGGUUUUGGGAUGUUGAAGUAAAAAAGGCCACAAAAGAGCUCCGAAAGCCCAAACUCACCAAAGUCCUUCUGAAGUGCUACGGGAAGUCGUACGCAGUCGCGGGACUGUUUGCGUUUUCACUGGAAGCAAUCAAAGUUAUUCAGCCGCUCCUUCUAGGGAAAAUAAUUCUGUUCUUCGAGAAUUAUGAUCCAGAUGACCGUGGUAGUCUUCUGGUGGCUUAUGGCUGCGCUGGUGCCAUGUGCCUCUCCACCUUUGCUUUAACACUCCUGCAACAUCUCUACUACUAUUUUGUCCAAAGAACCGGCAUGAAGAUGAGAGUGGCUGUGUGUCAUGUGAUCUACUGCAAGGCUCUUCGUCUUAGCAGCCAAGCAAUGGGACAAACCACCACGGGACAAAUCGUAAACCUCCUUUCCAAUGACAUCAACCGCUUUGAUGAGAUUACGCUCAAUCUUCACUAUUUAUGGGUGGGGCCGCUACAAGCAGCUGUCAUCAUCGCUUUCCUUUGGUAUGAGAUCGGGCCUUCGUGUCUGGCAGGUGUGGCCGUCCUCGCCUUGUUGAUACCCGUGCAGACGUGGUUUGGGAAGCUUUUUGGAAUCUUUAGGAGUAAAACAGCUGUUCUGACUGACAGUCGAAUCCGCAUCAUGAACGAAGUGGUGUCUGGCAUCAGAAUCAUCAAGAUGUAUGCUUGGGAAAAACCCUUCUCUGCUCUCAUCACAGAGUCCAGGAGAAAGGAAAUCAACCAGAUCAUGAAGAGCUCUUACUUACGAGGACUCAACAUGGCAUCCUUCUUCGCCAGCAGUAAGAUUGUGGUGUUUGCCACCUUCGCGGUCUAUGCAGUGCUGGGCAACACCAUCAGCGCCAGCCGAGUGUUUGUCACCAUGUCCCUGUACGGAACCAUCAAGAUAACAGUGACGUUAUUCUUCCCGCUGGCCAUCGAAAAAGUGUCAGAGACCAUCGUCAGCAUCCGCAGGAUAAAGAAUUUCCUGCUGCUGAAUGAAAUGAGUAGAAGAAAGUUGACACUGGAAAAUAAGAACCCAAACUGUAUUGAGAUGAAGAUGAUGACCUGCUACUGGGAUAAGUUCCUGGAUGCCCCGUCUCUGCAGAACAUUACUCUCACAGUGAAGUCACAGCAGCUACUAGCUGUAAUCGGUCCCGUGGGGGCCGGGAAGUCGUCCCUGUUGAGCGCCAUCCUGGGUGAGCUACCUCAUGAGAGCGGAAUGUUGACAGUGAGGGGUCAAUUCAAUUAUGCAUCCCAGCAGCCAUGGGUGUUUCCAGGCUCCAUCCGCAGCAACAUCCUUUUUGGAAGAGUGCUGGAUCUGCAUAAAUAUGAACGGGUCCUAAGGGCCUGCGCUUUAAAGAAGGACCUGGAACUGUUCCCGGAUGGAGAUAUGACCCUCAUCGGGGACAAAGGAGGCAACCUCAGUGGGGGGCAGAAGGCUCGCAUCAAUCUGGCCAGGGCAGUGUACGAAGAAGCAGACAUUUACCUCUUAGAUGAUCCACUGAGCGCCGUAGAUGCCGAGGUUGGGAAGUAUCUCUUUGAAGCGUGCAUUUGUGGCCUGCUGAAGAACAAGUGUCGCAUCCUGGUGACUCACCAACUUCAGCAUCUGAGGACAGCAGACCAGAUAUUGGUGGUCAAAGAGGGUCACAUGAUGGCCCAGGGUACAUACAGCGAACUGCAGAGCUCGGGCCUUGAUGUCGGCUUCCUGCUAAAAAGCGCGGAGGAACAGGAGCAGCAAAGUUGGUCUGCAAACUGCGAUGCCGUGUCACUUGCUAGUCGCAGGACGAAUCACUCCAACAGUUCACUCUACUCGCACAGCUCCCUCCUGCCACCAGCGUGUGGUGGCCAUGACCAGCUUACUGCUGAAAACGUGCACGCCACAGUGGAAGAGACUCGUGCAGAAGGAAAUGUCAGCAAUGGCAUUUAUAUCAAGUAUUUUACCGCCCACUGCCACCCUCUGAUCCUCCUGGCUAUUUUGCUGCUCAGCGUUGUUGCUGAAGCUGCAUAUAUUCUGCAGGACUGGUGGUUGGUGUUCUGGGCUAAUCAUUCGGCCAACGACACAAUCAACAGUACGGUCGUGACAUUUGAGAGAGGCAUCAACAAGACUGCCUCACACAAAGGCGCUGAUCUGACAUUUUACCUGGGUAUUUAUUCAGGUUUGACCGCUGCCGCAGUGAUUCUUGGCUAUGUCAGAAGCUUGGUGAUCUUUCACGGAUUGGUGAAAUCCACUCAGACGCUGCACAACAGGAUGUUCAACGCUGUCCUUCGCACGCCAGUCUACUUCUUUGACAUCAACCCCAUAGGGAGGAUCCUCAACCGCUUUUCAAAGGAUAUCAGCCAGAUGGAUUCCAUGUUACCGCUCACCUUCGUGGAUUUCUAUCAACUCUUUUGGCAGAAUGUGGGUGUGCUUGCCGUGGCAGCCUCCAUCAUACCUUAUCUCCUCAUCUCCAUUGCUCCCCUGAUCUUCGUCUUUCUGUACCUGCGGCGGUUCUAUCUCGCCACGUCACGAGAUAUCAAACGCUUGGAGUCCACAACACGCAGUCCAGUCUUCUCCCAUCUUUCGUCGUCCCUCCAGGGCCUGUGGAGCAUCCGAGCCUUUGGAGCUGAGGAGAGAUUGACCAAAGCCUUCGACUCAUACCAGGACCGUCACUCAGAAGCGUGGUUUCUCUUUCUGAUGACCUCCCGUUGGUUUGCGCUGCGUCUGGACAGCAUUUGCUCCGUCUUUAUCACCUUCGCAACAUUUGGCUGCAUCUUUCUCCGAGAUGGGUUGGAGGCUGGCGAGGUGGGCCUGGUGCUGACAUACGCUGUGACACUUGUUGGAAACUUUCAAUGGACCGUGAGACAAAGUGCCGAGUUAGAGAACAUGAUGACAUCGGUCGAGAGGGUGGUGGAGUACACCAAACUAAAGAGCGAAGCCCCCUGGGAAACCUCGAAGCGUCCUCCUCCCAAUUGGCCGAGUCAGGGUCAGGUGACCUUUGACCAUGUACAUUUGUCAUACAGCGCCGACGCCCCAGUGAUCCUCAAAGACAUCUGCGCCACCUUCUGUCCCAAUGAGAAGGUGGGCAUUGUCGGUCGAACGGGUGCUGGGAAAAGCUCUCUGGCGGCGGCUCUCUUUCGUCUGGCAGAGCCACAAGGGAACAUCUACAUAGAUGGUUUGUUGACAUCUGAGCUGGGCCUGCACGACCUGCGACAGAAGAUCUCAAUCAUACCUCAGGACCCUGUGCUGUUUACCGAUUCUGUGAGGAAGAACCUGGACCCGUUUAACCAGCACACAGAUGCUGACGUAUGGAAAGCUCUGGAGCAAGUCCAACUAAAGUGCAUGGUGAAGGACCUUCCUACCAAGUUAGAGACUGUUCUGGCAGAGUGUGGCUCCAACUUCAGCGUUGGUCAGAGGCAGCUGGUGUGUCUGGCCAGAGCCAUCCUGAGAAAGAACCGCAUCCUUGUCAUAGACGAGGCUACAGCCAACGUGGACCCAAGGACUGACGAGCUGAUCCAACAAACCAUCCGACAGGAGUUCAAAGACUGCACUGUGUUCACCAUUGCUCACCGACUCAACACCAUCAUAGACAGUGACCGAAUUCUGGUGCUGGAUGAAGGUCGGGUUCAAGAGUUGGGUCAUCCCUCCAAACUGCUCCAGAACAAAGAUGGCGCUCUGCACAGGCUGGUUCAGCAACUGGGUCCCUCCGAGGCUGAAGCUUUGUUGGAGGCAACUAAACAGGCAGUGCAGACCACCUGAUGGGCCAAUACUGGAAAACAUUGGUUUGAAUCCCUGAUGGAAGAAGCACCACCAAAAAUGUUGAGGUUUGUCAGGGUUUCAUGAGAACCGACAGUUGAUGAGAAAUUUCUGACUUUGUUGGGAUUCAUUGUACAAAAUACCUACUGUAACUUUUUACUUUGAAUAGAAUACCUACUAUAAGAUGUGAAUUGACUAUGUCAAUGAUACAAGAAGAUUGUUAAAAGGAUGAUAAAAAUAACAACUAUUAGCUCUUGUAGCGUUUAACCAAUCCAUACUGUGGGGCCAAAUGUCUAAAGACCAAAUCCAUCAGAAGAUGUUAAGGCAGAAAAUAAUCAUUGCUUUGCCUUUCAGCUGUACAUGAAAAACAAAAUAGUCUUGCUCAAUAAAAGUCAGACUUGUAAGAGAGUGGGAGCUUUAGGUGUGAGUGUAGCGUGCAACAAGUUUAAUGUUAGCAAGCAUGGAACAAGGGUGCUUAAGGCUUACCAUGAAUUGAUUAACGUGGACCCCGACUUAAAAAAGUUGAAAAACUUAUUCGGGAUGUUACCAUUUAGUGGUCAAUUGUACGGAAUAUGUACUGUACUGUGCAAUCUACCAAUAAAAGUUUCAAUCAAUCAAUCAAUCAAUCAGGUGGGGAAGAAUGAUCAAUUCUCCGAUGCAUCACGAUUAGAAUGAAGACAAUUCUAAAUCGAUACAAAUGUCCAAAUAUCGAUUAUUUACGUAUGUUAAAUAAAGUAAUACAGACGGUUCAAUAAUGCAAAAUUAAUGCUAAUGUUCUCUAAGCAUUAGUUCUAGGUUUGGUUGUAACUAACCAUGGGAGAUUAUUUUAAGAUUACGUGUUAAUUGAUUCAGAAUGGACACACACGGAGGAGGUAGCAUGAGAGGACAACCUAUGCUAGCUGCGGCGCUAAAUUAGCUUUAAUGUGAAGUAGUAAAACAAGAGAAUAAUAAUUUCUACACUUCAACAGGAAGCUAAUGGAAACCGCGUUACAGCAGUAACCAGCUAAGACGAGGAAAUUAUUAGCAAGUCGAUUAAUACAUCAGCCACAGAUAUGAAUGAGUAGAUAGAUGACACAUGUCCUUGAACUGCAAGGUUAUGGCGACUGGAGCAAAGUGUCUGAACAUUCUAUGGUUUUAGAAACCAAGAAUGUUAAAUCAAGGACGCCUGCCUGCCAAAUAAAGACGUUUACUUAUUUAAUCUCUUAGCAGGCAGCUACUCUUCUCACAUAUCUAGCCUUCCAUAUAAAUGUAUAUCUAUGCUGUGCGCACUAACAUCUUAAAACCGGAAGUGAUGCAAUACUGCAUACGUCAGAAGCCAAAGGAGGAGCCUUGUAGACAUAUUCAUACUUGCCAACCCUCCCGAAUUUUCCGGGAGACUCCCGAAUUUCAGUGCCUCUCCCGAAAAUCUCCCGGGACAACCAUUCUCCCGAAAAUCUCCCGAUUUCCAGCCGGACAACUAUAUAGAGGGGGUGCCUUAAAGGCACUGCCUUUAGCGUCCUCUCUCACCUGAAAAGGAGACUAUUAUAUAUGUCUCCGUUAUUCAUAGCUUUAUCUAUAACCCAUAAAGUAGGCAGGCACGGAGCUAUUUCUCAGCGUGUGUUUAUUCCAGCCGGCACGUUAAUACACUGACACACAACAUCCGGAUUCCCAUCAUGCAUUGCUUCAAAACCACGGCAAGUUGUAAUAUCCAAAAUUUCCAGCCGGACAAACAAUACUGGGGCUGUGCCUUUAGCGUCGUCUCUCACCUGAAAAGGAGACUAUUAUAUAUGUCUCCGUUAUCCAUAGGUUUAUCUAUAACCCAUAACACGGUGGCCGAAUGGAUAUAGUCACUCAUGAUUCAUGAACGGUCAGAGAAGCCCGCGGCGGCGGUAGCGCAGUAUUAUGGGCCACCUUGCAAGCAACAUUCCGUUCUCAUUUGCGGAUGUUUUCAACAAAUCCGUGAAGGAUAUGUUCCCGGAUUCAGAGAUCGCUCGCCAGUACUCAAAUAGCAGAACAAAGGCUACUCAAAUAGUGAAAGGUAAGUGUUAUUUUUUUUUUAAAGUAAGCAGCAAGUACAGUACAGUGAGUAGAACAACUGUGUUUUCAUUACUGUUUACUGUACUACCGUAUUUUUCGGAGUAUAAGUCGCUCCGGAGUAUAAGUCGCACCGGUCGAAAAUGCAUAAUAAAGAAGGAAAAAAACAUAUAUAAGUCGCAUUUUUGGGGGAAAUUUAUUGGAGAAAACCCAACACCAAGAAUAGACAUUUGAAAGGCAAUUUAAAAUAAAUAAAGAAUAGUGAACAACAGGCUGAAUAAGUGUACGUUAUAUGAUGCAUUAAUAACCAACUGAGAACGUGCCUGGUAUGUUAACGUAACAUAUUAUGGUAAGAGUCAUUCAAAUAACUAUAACAUAUAGAACAUGCUAUACGUUUACCAAACAAUCUGUCACUCCUAAUCACUAAAUCCCAUGAAAUCUUAUACGUCUAGUCUCUUACGUGAAUGAGAUAAAUAAUAUUAUUUGAUAUUGUACGGUAAUGUGUUAAUAAUUUCACACAUAAGUCGCUCCUGAAUAUAAGGCGCACCCCCGGCCAAACUAUGAAAAAAACUGCGACUUAUAGUCCGAAAAAUACGGUAUAUAUAUAUAUACAUAUAUAUAUACCGUAUUUUUCGGACUAUAUAUACAUGUAUAUAUAUAUGUAAGAAAUACUUUAAUUUCAGUAAAUUCUAGCUAUAAAUAUACUCCUCCCACUUAACCCCGCCCCCCGGCCACGCCCCCAAUCUCCCGAAUUCGGAGGUCUCAAGGUUGGCAAGUAUGGACAUAUUAUUAAUAUUAUUAAUGAUUAAAUGUAAUACAUUUAGGAUAUACAUUGUAAUAAUAAUAAUACACUACAGUGACAAUAUACAAUAUAAUAAUUGAAGAUGUAUAAUUAAUUGAUUUGUAAUCAAAUCUUGAGGUGCCCAAAGAUUCCCUACCUCUAACGGUGCUUUCUCGUUGAUGUAAGUUGAUGCAAGAUCAGACAGGGUUACUUCUCACCCAAAGUCAGAUGGGAUAGGCUCCUGCACACCUGAGUACAAUCACUAUAGGAAAUGAAUGAAUGAAUGAAUGAAUGAAUGGAAUGAGGGCAACAUUUGGGUUCAAAUGUCCAGUGCUACAUGUCAUGUUAUUGAAUGUACAGGUAAUAUAUGCAUGUAUGUGUUUAAACCAAAUCUGACAUGUAAUCUUUGUAAAGGACAUGACUUGAAAUAUUUGAUCACAAAGUCCAGGAUGUUGUGUGAACGCUCGGUGUGAGUUUGUACAUCUAAAGUUCCAUCAUGUGUCCGUCAUGUGACUCGAGAGACCUUUUGAUAGGGGUUUUUGUCGCCAAUUGUUCUUUUGUAUUGUAAAAUGCUGUAAUAUUGGGGGCGGCAUGGCGUAGUGGGUAGAGCGGCUGUGGCAGAAACCAGGAGGUUGCAGGUUCGCUCCCCGCCUCUUGACAUCCAAAUCGCUGCCGUUGUGUCCUUGGGCAGGACACUUCACCCUUGCCCCCAGUGCCGCUCGCACUGGUGAAUGAAUGAUGAAUGAUAGGUGGUGGUCGGAGGGGUCGUAGGCGCAAACUGGCAGCCUCGCUUCCGUCAGUCUACCUCAGGGCAACUGUGGCUACGAAAGUAGCUUACCACCACCAGGUGUGAAUGAAUGAUGGGUUCUCACUUCUCUGUGAAGCGCUUUGAGUGUCUAUAAAAGCGCUAUAUAAAUCGAAUCCAUUAUUUUUUUUUAUUAUUAAUAUAUUUUGUGGCUAUUUGUUUUAUAGAAUUAUUUUCAAUGUAAAACUGUUGUGGUAUUUAUCAUUAUUUUUGACUGUAAUUUGCUUUAAUUAUGAUGUUAAAAGGUUCAUCCUGCUAGCAAUACUGUACAUGUACUGAAGGUGUGGACAAAAACAUGUGUGUAACAUCUGCUACAAGGUGAAUAAAUAAGAAAA